CCGCCUCCUCCCGCUCCGCCUCCGGAUGUGGCGGCGGGGCCGUUCCGGGCCGUUGUCACCGACGCUCGGCGGUCGCCUGGGGGGCUGCGGGCACGGAGUUGAGCGGGACUUGGGGGCGCCCGGCCGGAAUUCAUUUGGAGGAACAAGAAGUUUUGGUUAAUGGCUGACUGUUUCCCAUCACGCUUGUGGACUUGGAAGUGAAAAGAAGUGGAGUGUUGUUAUUGAGAAGAUUACUGUUUGAUUCUACUAGCCUUUGGUGUACCCAGAAACAAGACACAAGUCUUUGUCCCAUCCAGAGAUACUGCUCUAUGUUAACCAUUGAAAAAACAGUUAAUUGAACAUUAUGCAUGGUCUCUUAAAGAAGAUUUCAGUUACAGAGAGAACAUACUGAAGGCAACAAGACACUAUCCUUCCUUUGAGUUCAUACUGUUUGCUGAUAUACUUCAGAGGGGAGAAAACUGAGGACUAAGAAUUGAUAGAACACGUCAUAAGAUUUAUUUUCUGGUCCCUGGAAUUUUGAUUCUGAAUAUGGAGUGGGGAGGAGAGUAUUCUCUUGAUUCUUCCAAUUUGGACUGUUUGUUAAAUGUCCUUCCUGGAGAAUCAGAGUUUCAACAAGUCCUUAAUGAUAUUGAUGAAAAAAUAAAGAAGAAUUCUUCCAGCAUGGAACAGUGUCUUAAAGACCUGCAAUCAGAAGUAAAUGAAAUAUGUACUGAUGAAAUACUGCAAAGCACAAAUGACUGCCUUCAGUGGCUAAACAACUGCAAUUUUAUUUCUCUCAAACCUUCAUCUACACCACACGGAGAACUGAUGGAGUUCCUCAGGACCCUGCAAAGCUUGCUGAAAAAUGAGCAAAAUCAAGAAGAAAUGAUACUUCACUUCCUUCUGGAUCUCUCUAGUCAGUGUGGUGUCUCAUUUCCCUGUACUCCAAGCGGGACGUCUUUUGAGUUUACAUCUUCCAUUCAUGCCAUUGAAGAUGAUUCAACUAUGGACAUGAAAUCUCUCUGGGAUGAUGUGAGAUUGCACCUUCGACGAUUUUUAGUAAAUAGACUGCAAAGUCAAGAAGAAACAAAUAGUAAUGCUUUGCAACAACAAAUACAGUUUAAAACUCAGUGCAUACAGCAACUUUUGUUUCUUUACCCUGAAUCAGAAGUCCUAACGAGGUACCAAAACAUGCAGAAUAAACUGGUUAGUGAUCUUCUACAGAACUGUAUUUUGUCUAGCUGUGGUGAAACAAAUUUUGAUAAAGUUGUUCAUGGCUACCAAAGUUCAAUACCCACACUGUGCACAAUGAUAAAAGAAGAUUUCUAUGUACUAAGUGGAACUAUUGAUCCUUCUUCAUCAUUGAAGUUUAUUAAUGAAACUUAUCUGGAUACCAUCACUGAAGAAAUAACAGUUCUUCUUGAAAGACUUUGCGAGCUGCAGUUCAAAGAAAAUGCUCUGCAUAUAGUUAAGGCAAACAAGAUAUCAAAGAAGCAUAGAGGAACAGUUCAUGCUGUGGCCUCCCAGGAAUACCACAAAAAAGGAAGGAAUUUCUGUUUAACAUUGUAUCAACUCAAGUGUCUUUCUCAACUCAUCAAACUCUUUUUAUUAAUGGAAGAAAAAAUUGAAGAGCUCUCCGCAGAAAUUUUGUUGGUGCCUUUAUUGACUAAGAAUAAGAAUGUUCAAGGAGUUCUGAAGAAAGCUAGUGGGGAGCUUUUAAUAGGAGAAACUAGAGCAAAUGAAACCAGUGUGCUUCCUGAACAGUUACUUCAGGUAAAAGAGCCUACUUUACUGAAUUUUGGUUGGAGAAAUGCGUUUAAAGACCUGUCUUCUUCUGUGGCUCACUGUAUAACAAUAGCAAUUGAGGAUUUUUCAACUAAAAUUCUUCAACAUGAGCAGAAAGAACAGUCUUCAGCUGCAGGCUAUGCAAUGAGUGUUGUAAACAACCAGCAAAUGAGGGAGUCCUGCAGAGCAGUCCAACCGGAGGAGCAACCAAAACGAAUUGCUAAGUUUUGUUCUGACAUCAUGGAAGAACUUGACACAUUGCUUCCAUUGGCUCUGGCAUGCAGAGAUGAUUCUCUUCAGGAAAUUAGAGCAAACUUUGUAGAGGCCUGCAGCAAAGUAGCAACAGCUGUCCUGGCAAGACUAGAGGAGAAAAGCAAAGACGUUCCCUCCAAGGCUCCUCUGCAAAACUUGUAUGCUGCUCUUUCCACAGCGAUCUACGUCUUUCAGCAUUUUACGAUGUAUAGCAAUUUAAUGAGAGAAAACAGCAAAAAACCCCUGUUCCUAGUGCCUGUCCAACAAUAUCAGGAAUUCAUCAACGUUCUCCAGUUUCAAGUUACGAACUACUGCGUCAGAGUUUGUGCUACAAGCAUUUUGCAGGAUGCUGAGAGCCACCAUUGGGAAGACUACAAAGCUUUUUAUGAGGGGGAAAGAUGCUCGUUCUCUGUCCAGAUGUGGCAUUAUUUCUGCUGUGCUCUUCAUCAUGACCUAUGCACCAUUCUACCUCCCAAGUUAGCCCAGGAGAUUCUUAUGGAUGUGCUAGAGCAAUCUUUGGCUGUGCUGUCCUCCAGAUAUAUGCAGGCAUGCCCCAGUUACAAGAGAACUCCACAAAUCAGAACAGAUAUUGCAGCACUUCUGAUAUCCACUGAGAACAUGCUGUGGUCAGUUUGCAGUUCAGUACAGGAAUUUCUGAAUCCACGUGAAGAUAGAGAUCUCAAGAUCUAUAAAAUACAUACCCACUGCAAUAAUCUGCUUUCUGUGCUAGCGAUUUUAACUUCACCACUGAAGAAUUUGUAUGAGACAUUUCAGAACAAUUCUGGAGAACAUCUUCCUCAAGUUAUUUCCAAAGACUUUUAUCACCCAUUGCACUGGUUAUUUUGCAUACCAUCAUCCUUUCCUUCCUUAAUGAAGAGUCCAUCAGCCGGAGAAAUGGCAGCCCAGGGUCAACUGAAACUGCUCUUAUCCCAGCCACACUGUAAUUUGCACUUGCUUUUGGAAACCUUGCUACAUGAUAAUUGUCUCUUAGUGAGAAUUUUACUGAGAAGUUCAAGAAGUGAAGUAUUGAAUCGUGAUGAACGAAGUUCCCUCUCAGAACAGAUAUAUACAAAAGAGCCUACUCUGAUUGAAACAAUCUUCACAGUAUUAUCUCACUGCAUUUUGUCACCCAAAUCACUAGGAAUUGCUUUUGAGACCUACAUGGAAAAAGAGCACUUGUGGGAUUACUUGUACAGCAUGACAGUUUCCAGUUGUGGCGAGUUGGAGCCAGAGGUUAUCAGAUGCUUGAAGUUGACUUUGAUUAAUUCAGUCAAGGGUAUAGUGAAGCAGAUAAUUUCUUUGAUGCAUUCAUGGGAGGCAACAGAAAACUAUGGAACAUAUCAGCACAAGCAAAUAGUUCCUGAAAGUUUACUGAAAACAGUUCCAAAGGAAUGGAAUUAUACACCUCGGGAAAUGAAGAGAAAGGAGUCUGGGAAAUGCUUCACAAGGCUUGCAGCUCAGGCAGUAUCUAUUGUAAUCAGCAAGUUACCUACAGUGAUUGCAUGUUUGCCUCCCCCAAUUAAGUACUUCUUUUUUCUGGCUGAGAGAAAAAUGUCAAGAAACUUUGCUGAAUUGAAGAAAGCUGGUCUGCUUGUCUGGAACUUGAUUGUAAUUAUAUGUCGGAUAUUUGAGGAUGGAAAUACUGCAGAACUUUUAACAGGUGCAACGCUUGACAGAUGGAGCAAAGAAAAACUCAGUUUAAUUCGUGUGUGCUUAGAAAGUAUUAUGGGAAAACAGAAAAGUGGUCCUAAACAAGUGACCCAGAAGGUUAUACAGAGCAUUGAACAGCAAAGACCAAACUGGAUCGAAAGCCAGUUGCUGAAGGCAAGAAAAUUGAGCACAGACUGUGGCUCGGUUGCAGUGGAAGGUGCACCGUUAGAGGAAGAAGGCAUUGCACUUGGAUUCACUGAGCAGAAAAUAAACAUGAUGGUCCUGGAUAUCUGCCACAAACCAGGUGGCAGCGAGUACCUGAGGCAAAUUUAUCACAUCAUCCGGCUCAAUGAGGAAUAUUUGAAAGAGCAGCUGUCUUGUGAGAAUUACUCUGAAGAGAGUGUUACCUCCAAUCAAUGCCUGCCUUUGACACUGAAGGGCAGAGAAGAGCAGGCUGUCUUCAAUCCUUUCCAGGUGUACAGCCAAUCUUGUGCAAAAGUGUUCAAUCAGUCAACCAUUACUGAAUGGAACUGGGAUUGGUCAAAUUUCCUGCCAAAUUAUUUGGGACUGAAGCAGAUGACCUUCAGGGUGCUGCUGGCACACAGGUGGGAGAUGAAAGAAGGUGCAGAUCUGGAAGAUGAGGAGAAAGUUAUGGUGGAACACUUAAAAAAUGUUUAUUUGACACAAAGCACUCCUACCUCAGAGGAUAAAGAUGAAUAAUUACCUUGACAGGUUUCGGGUAGCACCUUUUUCUGAAUUCAACAUGAUUAACUUAAUGGCUUAGUUAUAACUGACAGGAGUAGAAAUCUCAGGAAUAUAUAUCUUGAGUAGGAGUUUUAAACUAAAGAAUGUUCCCCUGUUAUUGUCUAGUCACCCCAUCCAAGCAGCAGUUUUUUAACACAUGCAUAAGACAAGCAACAAUAUAUGGAAAUGUCAAUGUCACAAAACAAGGAAGGUGUUUCUUGAUACUGCGGAGGCAUAAACCUGAAUGACAAACCAAGAGCUGCUUUAAAAUUACAAAACUCACAGUGGCAUCUAAAAAUAAGGCAACUUUGGACACAUUCUAAGCAAACACCGGUGAUGUGUUGGCAUCUACCAUUUGGUACCUGGCUGGUGUCGGAGCAGAGCUCAAGGACUUCUUCUUUCUCUUGGUGCUUGUGUUCUGCUUAGUGCUGGCACUAAACCACACAAAAGGGGUGGCAAAGGAUGUGUUUGGGCCAUGGGUCUGCAGUCCUUGGCGAAUCGCUCUGGGAUAGGUACAGCUGGCCAUUAUUCUCAAGAGAAAAUGCACCACAUUAUUGCCCUCACAAAGUCUGGACUUAGCGUCCAGUUGGUUAUGGCUUCAAGGACUGAUCAUAGUGAAACCUGCUGGCAUCAUUCAAGGUUUUGAGAUGGGUCUUUUUAUUUUUAAAUAUAUAUAUGUUCUUAGGAAAUGAUCAAAGGGCUAUCUUAACAGUGAACUGAGAAUAGAAAGAAUACAGAAACCAAUAUUUAUUUUUGAUAAAUAUAGUAAAAUUCCAUUUUCAAAGUAAGCCCUGUCUAAUAUACAGAUUUACCAAAUACUAUUUGUUUGUUGUUGUUGUUGUUUCCAGUUAGAGAUCUUGCUCACAGAUUAAAAAUACCUAUUGAGUUAGGCAAGAACCUAUUCUGACAAUAAUUUUUACACAGAGGUUGUGGUUUGUAUUUCCAUAGUUUUCUAAAAAUAAUCCAUCAUUAUUCUAUUUGUUUCUUGCACUAGAAAUCCAAGGUAACUGUCUUCUCUGCCUGAUUCUGUCAAGAUCUUGGUAAGGCUGUAAUCUGAGCUGCAGCUUUGCCUAUUCCCAGUCCAUCUUCUCACAGAUGCUAUUAUGGACAUAACUCAGACCACUUGAAUAGGAAGGGAGGUAUAUUUUUUUCCUAAGAUUGCAGCAGCAGCUUGGGUAAUCCUAAAAGUAAUGCUGCCAUAGGGUCUAAUCUGAAAUGCAGUUUUUCCUCCUCUUAAUUGCUCUUUUUUUUAUCAUGCAUAUAAAAUAUUUGACCAUUUAAAAUGAAAAUGGAGACUGCUGCUUCUUACAAAUCUCCAAAGAUCUUGUUACAACACUGCAUCAACAAAAGGGAUAUGUGGUACUGGUACUUCACAAAUGCUAAAAAUACUAGUUAAAACAUAAAACAGACUUUUUCCUCUACCAGUGAUAUUGUCAUUUUGGAACAUAAAGAAGUGAUGAAGUGUAAAAACAAAUUUUCUUUUCUUUGUAUUUCACCUUUGAAGAUUAGUUGUGGUUUUAAGGCUUAAAAAAUGGCUACAGGGAUUGCCUAUUACAGCAGGUGCAGUAUUCUGACACAAGGCAUACAUGUACAUGCUCCAAGCCAUACUAAUACUGUGUCUGUGCUUGUGGAAGUUGGAAUUAGAAUAUGCUUUCCUGUUUUAGCAAAAUCUAUUGUACAUAAUUAAAUUUUUGUAUAGUCAUGUAAAGCAAAUUUCUGUCUAUGUGGUGGAACUGACUGAAAUACAGUUUGUGAAAAAGCUCUGCUUCUGGGAAACCCUUAUUAUGAAUACGAUAAACUUUGCAAGUGAAAUAAGCUAACCCUCACUUGCUCUGAAAUGGGUAUGCCCAUAUGGGGGGUGGUUCCAAACUGGUUAUGAUGCUUUAAAUUCACAACACGCCUGUUUCUGGAAUAAUCUGUAAACAGUCACGUUAAAAAAAAUCAUCUUUAUGCCCCUUCCUCCCUUUUCUCCCAGCCAAAUUAAUUCAGCAGUAACCCAGUGGGUUAAGAAAGAUGAUUUUGUCUUUCUUAGCAGCAUAUUUAUAAUCUUUACCAGUGUGGAACUGAGAAACUAGAAUAACUAGCCUGAAUAAAAGCUGUACCUUUGCACAAUA